CAGCACAAGUAGAUUUAUUAUUAUAAAUAUGUAGAGAGAUAGUGGUAUUCAUAGUUCAUUGAGAUCUAAGAUCGGUUGAAUACCUUCUUCUAUUUUCUUUAAAAGACCUUGCGCAUCUUUUUCUAAGGUCAAAACUAGAAGAAGAAGAAACUCAAUUUUCUCCACAGAGGAAAUAAAAUCCAUGGCUUCUUUGCGAUUCUCAGUCACCUUCCACACCUUCCUCUUCUUCUCUCUGUGGGUCGUGGAGGCACACACGUCAAGAAAGCUGAUAUCAACCAAGGAACAAGAAGUUCAGAACAAUAGCCAUUUGCUGAAAGAUGGUGAAUUCGAGGAUCCUACACUGUACAUGUUUUUCAAAAUCAAUGAUCUUAAAAAAGGAACCAAAUUGCCCAUUUACUUCAACAAAAACGAUCUUAGAAAAGUUCCUCCACUUCUCACAAGACAAGAAGCUGAUCUCAUUCCUUUCACUAAGUCUAAGCUUGACUUCCUUCUGAAUCACUUCUCUAUCUCAAAAGACUCCCCUCAAGCUAAAGCCAUGAAGGAGACUCUGGUACGUUGUAACUACAAGGCCAUCGAAGGAGAGUACAAGUUUUGUGGGACAUCUUUGGAGUCAAUGCUUGAUCUCGCCAAGAAAACAAUAGCGUCUAAUGCAGAUCUCAAGGUCAUGACAACAAAAGUAAUGGUACCUUCCCAACACACAAUAAACUAUGCUUUGCAUAACUAUACGUUCGCCGAGGCUCCGAAGGAGCUUGUUGGGAUAAAGAUGUUGGGGUGUCAUAGAAUGCCAUACCCUUAUGUCGUUUACUAUUGCCAUGGUCAUAAAAGUGGAACCAAAGUCUUUGAGGUUAACUUGGUGACAGAUGAUGGGAAAUAUCGGGUUGUGGGACCUGCUGUUUGCCACAUGAACACGUCUAUGUGGAACGUUGAUCAUGAAGCUUUUAAGGUGUUGAAAAUAGAGCCAAGGUCCGCACCAGUUUGCCACUUCUUCCCUCUUGAUAACAUUGUGUGGGUAGCAAAGUAGGAAAAUAAACUUAGUUCCAUGUGAUGUGAGUAUAUGUGUCUUCGAAUAACUAUGGCUUGAAAGUAAAAAAAAAAAAAAAGAAAAGGACAAUCUGUUGGUUUUGGUAUUGGCACUUGUGUGACUUGCAGCUUCUAACGUGAAAAUACAACUAAGAUUAAUGUAACAUAUUUUUUUUUGGAAUAUAUGUAAACUUUACUCA